GUUUGAAACUCCGUCGACAGCAGCUUGUAUGCUUCCAUAUCUCAGUCAGUUUUGUUUUUUUCCACACUUUGGCCUGUUUAACACUUUACAAUGAAUUCAAAUUCCAUAAGAAAACUUUUGCUGUUGCCCUUGAAACGCAUUUCGUGUCCCGAUGGCUUGCAACAGGUGCGUCAUCAUGCACCUAUUGUGGGACCUCCCCGAUUUCGCCUGUCGAUGGGCCAGAAAGCUCUCUACGGCUGGGGAUCGCUGCUCUUCAUGAUGAUAAUACCAAUGUGGUCGCUUUACUCGAUGCCUCGCUGGUCCGCUCUGCACAACAAUCUGCCCUGGGAUGAAGAUGAACCCACCAAAGAGGUGGAACCCAAGGAGCAGUGAUAGAUUUCCGCAAUAUACUUUUCUACAUCCCAAGACACACAUUCAUUCAUACACAUGUUGCCCUUCAAUUCGUACAGUAUUUAAACGGUUUUAAACGGUGACUUCGCCAAGAUCUUUUCAAACUGGGGUUCAAGCAACCACGCCUCCUUGUUAUUUGUUUACUGGAUUACACGGAUGUUAUUAUUAUUAUUGAAACACAUGUACUUCAAACUGGUCAUAGACUGAUCUGUGCCGAAUGAUGAUGCUUCUUGCUCUUACACAAACACAUACUCAUUGUACACACUCAAUUAAUAGGUUGGAGUUAAAAUAUUCAAAAUGGAAUUAAAUAAGCGCAUGUCAAUU